CUUGACAUGUUAAUGUUGGAUACUUUAAUAUAGUUGUUGUUGGCGUAUGUGAGUAUACCACGCUAUGAAGGCCCAGAGUUGGAUCAUAUAAUAGUCCAGGAGGAUGCAAAACAACUCUAUAAAUCAGGGGAGAAAAGGAUAGGAACUGAUGAGAAGAUGUUUAUAAAGAUUUUUAGUGAGAAAAGCAGCACACAUUUGGCUGCAGUCAAUUCUGCUUACAUAGCUUCAUAUGGACACUCACUAGAAAAGGCAAUAAAGAAGGAAACAUCUGGCUCUUUUGGGAGUGCCCUCUUAACCAUACUACGUUGUGCUACUGAUCCUGCUAUGUACUUUGCCAAGAUUCUACGCAAGUCAAUGAAGGGUGUGGGAACUGAUGAUAGUAGACUAAUAAGGGUAAUUGUAACAAGGACUGAGAUAGACAUGCAUUAUAUAAAAAUAACAUAUUAUAAGAAAUAUGGAAAACCAUUAACUCACGCUGUUAAGUCAGACACAUCAGGCCAUUAUAAAGAUUUUCUUCUGAAUCUUUUAGGUUCUGAUUAUUAGUGGAGGACAAUUUAAGUCAUGCACUACCAUACUACCAUGGCAAGGAAAUAAUGUCUCUCUCUCUCCUUGUGGCAGUUUGAUAACUUCUAAUUAAACCAUCCAAGGAAUUAUGUUAUGGUAUCAGAAAAAUUUACUCAUUGGAGCUAAACUCUUUAUACAAGUGGUAUUGGCUUAAAUGGAAGUGGGUUUGUUUUGUUUUAGUUUCAACAUUUGAUAGUGUUU